UUUUGGAUAUUUGUCAGACAUAAUGUUGACAUUCACGGCGUGUGUUGCGUCCUUUAUGUUAUGUUAUAAUGUUUCAUUGGUUGAUGCGUUUUGCGACCAUUUCGAUUUCACAUCUUGUCGAUGUCGUGCAGCAUUGGAUAAACAAUGGUGUUGGAUCUGCCCAUGUCCUAGAGAUCAAUUUUGCCUGCAAUGUGACGAGGUAGUUUCUCCGCAUACAUGCAGCACCUUGAAUAUAUGCGGAAGCAAAGAAAGCUGUUAUGUUGACUCGUUUGUCAACCAUUUGGGAGGAAUACUGUACAGACUGGGAUGUCGGGACACAAAUCAAUGCAGUAUAUCAGGCAAGAGGGAAUUGUCAUCAAGCACAGAAAAAAGACACACUCAUUCUGGUCAAGUGAUGCACAACACGCGAGGAACAUCGAAUAUGUCUGUUGACACCGUUCUAGAUGAUACAGGAACCUCAUUUCUGUGUUCUCAAUGUUGCAAUGGAAGCCUUUGUAACACAGGCGGAUGUGGGAUUACUCCCUUCACGGACAUGCGUCUUGGUACGAGAGGACCGAUGUGUUUCAGCUGCCCUCAACAAAGUAGGGCGGAUGACUGUGACGCAUUCAGACUCUGUGGAAGAGACCAGAUGUGUAAGCUGGAACAAAUAACCAUCAUUGACAUCGUUCUCUGGAGAACAUCCCACCUGCCAAAUGCUGAUGAACAAUGCAGCACAGACUGUACAUCGACCUGUUGCGCGUCUCAUCUGUGUAACAACGAGUGUCCAGAUUCCAGUCUCGUAAGACGUUACUGUAACAACUUUAACCCGUUCUGCGCAUGUCUACAGUACAACAACGGCUGCUAUGAAUGCCCCGCCUCUUGCCAAACAGGACAAACCCCAUCGAACGUCGGAACAAACAGCACGACUUCACCAACAUCGAACUUAAACUUGUCCAACUUCCAUGAAGGUGCAUUUCCCGGAAUGCUCACUUCCACAGGUUCUGUAGGUACAACAACCCAUUCUGAUGUUGACAGUGCAUCAACAAGCACCGGCCUUGGAUCUAUAGGUGAUCUGGUGUGCCCAGAAGUAAGUAACUGCCUACCGAGUAUGAUCACGUUUGACGCAAAUAACUGUAUAAUUUGCUCAACUUCAGGUGACAUCACCAGACCAUUAAUAAACAUGAACAGCUGUCCACCGAUCACUAUGCGACCCACGUUUAUGACAGACUGCCACAUCGACCGUAAUGGAUGUUUAGAAUGCGCGGGACAAAUUGCAACCACUACACGAUCCACUACACCAACUACUACACCAACCACUACACCGAUCACUACACCAACCACUACACCAACCACUACACCAACCAUUACACCAACCACUACACCAACCUCUACACCAACCACAACACCAACCACUAAAACAGCCACUACAACAACCACUACACCAACUACUACACCAACCACUACACCGACCUCUACACCGACCACUACACCGACCACUACACCAACCACUACACCAAUCUCUUCACCAACCACUACACCAACCACUAAACCAACCACUAAACCGACCACUACACCGAUCACUACACCGACCGCUACACCGACCACUACACCGACAACUACACCGACCACUACACCAACCACUACACCAACCACUACACCAACCACGACACCGACCACAACUCAAACCAUGACACCAACCACUACACCAACAACUACUCCAACCACUACACAAACAACUACACAAACUACUUCACCAACAACGACACCAACUACUACACCAACAACUAUACCAACGACUACACAAACGACUAUACCACACACUUUGCCAACCACUACACCAACCACCCCGAAAAACAUCCAGACUACCACUCCAACAUCCAAACCAACAUACACGUCGAUAACCAUUCCGAUAAGAACUGCGACAUCAACUUCAAUAACCUCUCCGACCACAACAACAACAACGACGACCAUUGAUGGAACAACAGAAGGACGUUACUGCCUGCAAUGUGAGGGAACAGUGUCACCGCAUACAUGCAGCCAAGUGACUAAAUGUGGCAAUACAGAAAGCUGUUUCAUCGAAUCGUUUAUCAACUCUAUGGGUGGCAUUCGGUACAGACUCGGAUGUCGUAAUUUACAGCAAUGCGGAAUGCGAGACAAACGGGAACUGUCAUAUAACAACGGCAAAAGAAACACUCAUUCUAUUAACGUGAUUCAAGACAGGCGGGAUGCAUUGUCUGAUGACAACAUUCUUGAUGAUCCAGGAACCUUCCCAGUUUGUUCUCAAUGUUGCAAUGGAAGUCUUUGUAACCAAGGUGGAUGCGGAGCUAAUCCCUAUCCGGACCUCAUACAAGGUACGAGGGGACCGUUGUGUUUCAGCUGCCCACAACAAAGUACGACAGAUGACUGCGACACGCUGAGACUAUGUGCAAAAAAUCAGACUUGCAAAAUGCUGAUGAAUACUGCAGACUCAAACUGCACCUCAACCUGUUGCGCAUCUGAUUUGUGUAAUAAUGAGUGCCCAGUAAGAUGCCCCCUCCUUCAUUGCCAGUUGGACUGUGGUAAGCCUCCAAAGUACAAGAAAGACCUCAAUGGAUGUGACAUUUGUGUCUGUGACACAGCAUCGGGUACACACGCCCUCAUUGGAUGAAAGAGGAUAUUGGAUUGCUUGAAAAAAAAAUUUAUGUUUAUUUUUCGGUUCGAUGAUUGCAAAGUGUGUUUAAUGUCUUUAUUGCUCGUUUUAAAUAACAGCAACUCA